GUUCCCUGUCUGUGGUUAAGUAGACAGAGAGCUGGGUUUAGUCUCCCCUUCUCUCAUUCAUUUGUGUGCACGCACACACACACACACACACACACACACACAAAAGAGUGCUUCUUCUCUCUCUCAGAAUGAUGGUUCUGGGUAGAGCUUUUGCUACGGUGUUCUGUUUACUUCAAGCUGUUUCUGGAGAAAGUGGCAAUGCACAGAAUGGAGAUCUAGAAGAUGCAGAACCUGACGAUUACUCCUUCUGGUGCUACAGCCAGUUGGAGGUGGAUGGAAACCAGCAUUCAUUGACUUGUGCCUUUGAGGACCCAGACAUCAACAGUACCAAUCUGGAAAUAGAAAUAUGUGACAGUCUUAUACGGAUGAGUUGUGUAACUCUUAAUAAGCUGCAAGAGACAUAUUUUAUAAAGACAGCAAAUUUCCUGCUGAUUGGUGAAAGCAAGAUGUAUGUGAAACUUGGAAAGAAGAAUUUAUUUUGCAAAAGGGUGCACAUAUCCAAGAUAGUUAAACCUGAGGUUCCUUUUGACCUAAAAGUAGUUUAUCGAAAAGAAGCAAAUGACUUUCUGGUGACAUUUAAUACAACUCACUCACAAAAGAAGUAUAUGAAACAGUUAAUGCAUGACAUGGCCUACCGCCCAAAAAAGGGUGAAAAUAACUGGACGCAUGUAACUUUAUCGAAUACAAGAACAACAAUCCUAGAACGAAAUCUACAACCUAAAUCAGUGUAUGAAAUCAAAGUCCGAUCCUUUCCCGGUACCAGAUACUUUCAAGGCUUCUGGAGUGAGUGGAGUCCAAGUUCUACCUUCAAAACCCCAGAUCCUGGGAGUCCAGGGGGAUGGGAUCCUGUUUUACCAAGUAUCAGCAUUCUGAGUUUUUUCUCUGUGGCUUUGUUGUUCAUCUUAACCUGUGUGCUAUGGAAAAAAAGGAUUAAACCUAUUGUAUGGCCCAGUCUCCCUGAUCAUAAGAAAACUCUGGAACAACUAUGCAAGAAACCACAAAAGAAUUUGAAUGUGAGUUUCAAUCCUGCAAGCUUUCUGGACUGCCAGAUUCAUGAGGUGAAUGGCAUUCAAUCCAGAGAUGAAGUAGAAAGCUUUCUGCAAAAUGUUCAUCCUACACAACCUGAUCCUCCACCCGAGGAGCUGGAGAAGCAGGAACGUGGAGCAUCUGUACAUAGCCCAAACUGGCUAUCUGAGAUUUCAGUCAGCACACCAGAAACUGUCAGAAGAAACUCAUCCCUAAGAUUCCUGAACAGAAAUCCAAGUGCAUGCAGUACCCCUAUGUUCCCUUCCUCUAGGUCCCCUAACUACAGAGAUGGUGAUAGGAAUAGACCCCAUGUGUAUCAAGACUUGCUGCCAAGCCCUGGAAACACAAAUGGUACCCUCCCUCAACUGUUUCCUCUCCAGUCAGGAAUCCUAAUACCAGUUUCUCAGAGACAGCCCAUCCCUAAUUCCUCAGUACUGAAUCAAGAAGAAGCCUAUGUCACCAUGUCUAGUUUUUACCAAAACAAAUGAAUUAGGAGAAACCUAAGACCCUUCCAUCACAAACAGAAUGACCACUGGGAUGGAAAGUCAAGAAUGCCUACUAUCCCUCAUAGCUCACAAGAGAUAAAGUCAAUGCGACCUUGCUACACAUCAUCAGCAUUCUGAGAAAUCAUUUUGAUCUCCUAACUCAGAAACAUUUGCAUAAAACAGGAAGAAUCUCUUUCUACCUUUUUGGUUCAGUCCUAAGAGUUAAGAUGACCUGAUUAAAAAUAUGAACAAAAUUCAAAUUAAACAAAGAGUAACAGGAAGAUAGAAGGGUGUUGUGAAAGAAAGAAGAAAAAUAUAAGAAAAGAAGACUAACAGUGGCAGUUCUAUCAUUAGGACUUAGUAUAUAUACAGGACUCUACACAAAUGGUCUCAUUUCUUCCUCACAAUAAUAAUACAACAAUGUGGGUUCAUCCAUUAUUAUUUGUAUACUCUUUGAGAUAAAUGCUGAAGUUGAGAGUAAAGAUUUUAAGUAAUCUGUCUAAGUUUUCCUUUCAGAAGCAGGUAAGGCAUACCUUCUAACUUCGGCCUUCCCUUGCCAUGAACCUGUCCUAUUCUUGAGAUCUAAACACCACCACUAAGUGGGUGAUUAUAUAGUAAUUAUUCAAACUGGGCCACUGUGAAAGUGGAAAGUCAGAGAUAAGUAACAGUAAUCAUGAACUAGGUCUGUCUCAGAAAGCGGCUACAAGGAAGAAAGUAGACGACAAAAUAUGUUUAUGAAUGUGAAGUACCAAGACUGUGCGUCAAAGGAAUUGGGAGAAAGAAGAGAGUCGCCAAGCUCAUUUGGAUUUGUUUAUUUGUUUAUUUUGAAUAACAAACCCAAGAAGAAAUAAGUUAGAAGCCAAGAAGUUCCAGAACCAGUUGUCAAGACCAUGAUCCUCCUGCUGCUAUUAUACAUCUGCCUCCAUAUGAGAUCAUAGAAGGAACUAUUGACAAUCUACAACAGUGCGACAUGUAACCAGUGACUGGAGGAAUAGCCCUCCUAUGUGUGUAGAUACCAUUACAAACUACCCUAAGUUUUGCAGCCUUGGAUGUGAACACUCCAGUGAGAACCAAAGCUGAGAUUAUGCUCAUGAAAACACAAAGAAGAUGGGCAAGUUGCUCAAAUUCCAAUGUUAAUUCACGACUGCAAGCCACAACUUUGUAUCCCUGUUGUGAAUAGCAGUCUCCUGAAGAAAACAUCAAGUAACCGAAGGACACCAUUGGGUUCCUUAGCACUAAAAUCCUGUGUUUCGGUGUUGACAUUGGUUAUUUGAAUUUGGUGUGUCUGUCUGGUCAUGUAUUAAAUCCAUGUAUUAUAUUCACAUAGCCACAACUGCCGCUAAUUCUUAAUUAUAUAUUCAGGAACAGCAUGUAAUAUAACAUUUCUAAUUGGAUCUGCCAAUUUCACUCUUGGAUUUCAUAGAAGAAAAUCAAAACUUUUGGUCAGAGAUAAUUUGCAAACAGAGAGAGCUAUCAGCUGCUACUUCCAAGAAUAUGAAAUAAAAAUAUUGAAAAGUAGGCAACCAAUGUGAUCAAUAAACUACACCUGGGUCCAGGGAAUUUCCAGUUAGUCAAUGUACGUUCUACAAGCCUUUGUCUCUGUCUUCAAUGAGGUGUCGUCCAUGAGAAUCUGUGCCUUCAGAUCCAAUUAAGGGCUAUUUCAGAUGUAUAUACUUGUGGGUCUUCAGAGCUGAUUUGAGCUUUUUGGGAGAUUUUUGGGUUUUUUAAAUAUUUUUAUUUAAAUUAGAAACAAUCUUAUUUUACAUAUCAAUCCCAGUUCCCUCUCCAUCCUAUUCUCCCAUGCUCCCCCCACCAAUCCCCUCUCCACUCCCCAGGGAGAGUGAGGCCUUCCAUGGGAGAUCAUCAAAGUCUGUCACCAGGGCUAAGAUUUGGAACUGUCAAAAAUCCUAAGAAUAUGUAGUAGGGAACCUGGUAUACAGCUCAGGUGAUAUUUUUUGUGAGCUCAGCAGUUUUUCUUUGGUGUUCUUUAAAACACCCAUCAUCCACUACAGUGAAGUUGUCUGAGUUGACUGCACUUUUCAAAUGCAUUAUUAGUAGCCUGCAGAGCUGUUACACAGAGAAAUGUAUGGUAUGUGUUAUCGUUUCACAUUUCAUUAAAUGCUAAGGAACUCCA